AUGGCUGAGAAUUUGCGAAAUUGGGUUAGAAAGUUGGAUGAGAUUACUGCAAGAGGAGGAACAGAUGGAUAUGCGAAGGUGGAUUUGAUGCCGUGGUGCACAUAUAUCGCGUUUGAUGUGAUAGGCGCGCUGGCUUUUGGUGUGCCGUUUGGGAUGGUGGAAAAAGGAAAAGAUGAAUUCGAGACCCAGUUACCAGAUGGCUCUGUGCUACUCACCAAAGGAGCAGAGAUCUUAAAUCGACGUGGCGAGGUCUCGUCGACUUUGGGCUGGUUACCUUCUUUACGGCCAUUCGCGAGAUACCUUCCUGACCCCUGUUUCUCCAAGGGACUGGCUUCGAUUCAGGAUUUACACGGUAUAGCCGCCAGAGCCGUCUCUGAUCGUCUGGCCGAGAUGGAAAAGCAAGAGGACAACCAUCUCGAUAUCCUAGCCCUACUACUCAAGAGCAAAGGUCCCGGUGGCUUACCCAUGCAACCCGACGAAAUCACCUCAGAAGCCUUGACGCAAUUGAUAGCAGGCAGCGACACCGUGUCCAACACGUCUUGCGCUAUAGUCUACUGGAUACUAGCCGGCGAGCGCGACGCCCCUGGUACUAUACUGCCUCGCCUGCAUCAAGAACUCGAUACCGCAAUUUCUUCCUCGGCAGCCAUAGCAUCCUAUGCCAGAGUCAAAAGUUUGCCCUUCUUGCGCCGCUGUGUAGAUGAAGGAAUGAGACUGCACUCGACCUCAGCAAUUGGUCUACCUAGAUUAGUCACUGCGGUAUCUGGAGUCUGGUUUGACGAAAUUCACUUUCCUUACGGAACAGUGCUAAGUGUGCCUAGCUACACUGUACACCACGACGCAAAAAUCUGGGGAAACGAUGUAGGGAGGUUCAAUCCGGACCGUUUUCUCGCCAAGAACCUUACGAGUAGGCAGAAGAUGGCGUUUAAUCCUUUCAGCCACGGACCCAGGGCUUGUGUGGGACAGAAUGUGGCGCUGAUGGAACUAUCCUUGAUCGUGGCAACGCUGUUCAGACGCUACGAUUUCGUGUUGGAGCAAAAAGUGUUGGAAUGUACUGAAGGCUUCUCAAAAAAGCCCGUCGAAUGCUGGGUUAGGAUCAAACGAAGGAUAUGA